AUGUUCGAAAGGAAAACCAUGUUUGGCAUUGCUGCUGUUGGACUAUCCGCGGUUGCUGGUUACGGUCUUUACAAAUAUGUUCGUGCAAGGCAGAAGGCACAACAAAUAAAAGAUGCGAUUGAUGAUAUGGUAUGUUCGAGAAAAUCCUCAUUGAUUUUUGCUCCAUUUUAAAUUAUUUUCGUUUGAUCGUGUGGCUAAUGUAUACUUAGAAAUGAUUUUUAAAAAACGUUUUAAAGCUCAUUUUUGAAUUUUCGGGUCAGCCAUAGUGACCAAAUUUUCUGCGAACUGAUACGUGCUUAUUUCGUAUCAUCAAAGCAUCAACUUUACGAACAUGUUUCUGACUAAAAGAAAUCUAUCCGCAAUAAAUAUACUUCGGGCUAGUCUUAGGUUUUAAAACGACGUUGUGUGUGUAAUUAGCAUAUUAAAUAGCCCUUGUUUGUCGUUUAGAGCCAAAAAGAGUGCUUGAGUUUUUUUCACGACUCUCGCGUCAAAAGAUUAUCCUUAAAAAAGCUAUAAUACCGAUUUAAUUUAAACGCACGUGUUGUCGUAAAGAAAUCCUUGUUGAUUGAAGUUCAAAUUUUUAUUUUUGAGGCUAAAGGUUUACCAACGCAAUAAUUAUUUUAAUAUUGAUUUACCUCAGAGCUGAAAUGAGCAUCAACAGCUGGGCUAUGAUUGAUUUGUACGUAGGAGGUGCAUGGUGGCGAACAAGGGGUUAAAUUGACAUGGGAAUAUCACCCUGAUUCAUUAAAAUUUGAAAUUGUACUUGCAGAUGAAAAGUAUUGAUAAACCAAGUGUUUACAUCAGAGAUUCAGUCAGAGUGAGAGAUAAACUCAGGAAACUCUAUGAAAGUGGACCAGAAAAACUGCAGGUAUUUAAUGAACAUGUAGCUGUAAUUGCCCUUGCACAUGAUCUCCCAAUCAUUUGUUUGCUGCCAUUCAUUAACUUGAAUUUUUUAUUCUGGAAUUUGAUCGUAACCAUAUCUUUAACAAAAUUAUCCAAGUGAAGAAUAUUACUUAUACAGUGAUUGAAUAUCUCAUAGGUCAUCUCAGACUUUGACAAGACUCUCACAAAAUUUGUUGUCAAUGGGGAAAAGGGCUGUACUGCGUAUGGUGAGAAACUUUCCAUAGUGAUAUUAGUCAGUAAACAAUAUUACCCAGUCUGCCGUCUUUUUAAAAGGGAAAAAUUUCUAUCGGGGAGACACACAUUACUGAGGCUCUCUUAGGGUGGGUAUGUGUUUCCGUAGUCUGAAUUUUAAAACUUGUUGAAUUGUGUAUUGAGGAGGAAGCAAGCCCCGGGAUUUCAUGGUAAUAAUCGUGUCCUGUACCCUGUCCUUACCUUGGUUGAGAAAGCCUUGUCCCUGUCAGUAAAAAGAUUAUCCCUACUUUGCUUGACCAUAUUUGGCACUUGACCAAUAUUUGGGUUUAGGUGAGCCGCUGAGGGUUUGAAACCCUUACCCUGUUUAGGGCAGAGUCACAUAAAAAUUAAAUACCCUAUUUAGGACAGAGAGGUAAAAAAUCAUACCCUGUCCAGUGGCACAUGCUGUAUAAGGGGGUACCCCACACCCCAUCCCCCCGGGGGUUCCUCCCUCACGUGGCCAUACUGCCAAAAAAUUACCCAUUUUACACUUUAAUUUGCACAGGAGUCAUUGAGAGCUACAAGAAUUUUCCAGAAUCAUACAGAGAGAAGGUGAUUUGUAGGAGUCCAUUAAAUUCCAGUUUGUAAUAUUUAUACAUUAACCAAGAAUUAGGCAAUGUUGCUACAACUAGAACUGGAGAACGACAGAGGAUUGUCCCUGCUUUGCAAUGGCUUACCUAAAGCAAAAGGCUUGUGGGUGUAUCCCAGUGUUUUUUGCACCAAACCAACAAGAAAAACAUUUUUUUUGACUGACUCUCCUCCACAGCUUGACAGGAGUGUUGUGGAAUGAGUACUGAAUCUUUUUUUGCAGGGAGAGCAUCAAUAAUUAAAAGAAGCUUAGCCAUUUAAAAAAAAACUAUACUUUCCUCUACAAACAAAGUUGAGCUCAGUGCUCUAAGGAAAUCUAAAGAGAUUCCAAAUGCCCUAAACUUAUGAAAUCCAUGGUACCCAUAACUUGAUUAAGACACAAAGGAAAUUGAUAGCUUUAUUCAUAAAUCUAAAUCUGGAGCAAAGUGAUCAUUAUAGUUAAAAAUAGAUAUUAAUUUUUUUUUGGUUUUUUUUUGGAAUGUGUGAUUUGAUUGUUGACUGACUAUAGCAUUAUUUUGUUUCAUUUUUUUCAGGCAAAACAGCUGAAAGAAAAGUAUAUGCCAAUUGAAUUUUCUGGGUCAGUAAUAUUAUUAUUUUACUUUUAAAUUUGGACUUAAGCAAACAACUUAAGCAAAACUGAGAUGUUUACGAUACCGUUAACCAUAAAUCAAAAUUAUUUCUGUAAUUUUCCAAUGUGUUUAAAUGCAGAUGUUAAUGAAUAUAAAAUAAAAACUGUAUUGACGUUUUCAAUUUUUUAUUUUCUAGAGACAUCUCAUCUGCAGAAAAAGAACCUCUUAUGAUAGAAUGGUAAGCUUGCAUGAUCAGUGGAAUCCUGAUUUUGUAGAUUCUCCUAGUGAAAAGAAAAUGGUUCAGAACAGUAAUAACCGAUAUUACAUUAAAAUAUUACAUUGUCAUGCAGGGGAAGGGAAGUUUGCCUUGGUUUUAAUUAUCCAUAAAGUUAAAACAAAAUCACUGGUUUGAAACCUGGGAUUCUAGCUGUAGAAUAUGACAUUUAACUGCAGGGAGUCUCCCAAAUAUGGCACCAAUCUCAUGAACUCUCAUACAGGUCAUCAAUCUCCCAGAUAAAAUCAAGUUUUGAGCUUUUCUGUGCUUGAAAUUUAGCCCAUUUUUUUCCUAAAAAUCGGGACUUUUUUUAUUAAUAAUAUUGUAUGGUUUCUGGGACAUUUUUGCAGGUAUUUAGUCACUGACAAAGAUUAUUUCAUCAUUACAGUGAUGAAAGCAGAUUUUGAUACCAUGUACUUCAUGCAGAACUUCAUAUGGAGGCUGGGCCAUUUUGUGGGUGGGAGAGUGGAAGUGGUAGGGCUUUUGACAUUUGGGGGAGGGGGCCGGGGUGUGGUACAAAACAGAGAGUCACCAGAUUGUAGAUCUCCGGAGGUUGGCAUCUCUGCUCAGUAUGAUCGACAACUGUGAUAAUUUUAAUUUUGAUUUAUACAUGAAUAACUAGGUGGACUAAAGCUCAUGAACUCAUUACUGAGCUUGGUUUGAAGAAGGAUGAUAUCACACAGGUAGUGGAAGAUUCUCCCAUUGCAUUGAGGUAGGAAAGACUUACGAGUUGCCACCACAAACAUAUUGUUUAAUCUGCUCUCUUGGAACCCUUUUAUCUUACAGGUGGACUAAAGGAAAUGAACUCAUUAUUGAGCUGAAAAUCAAGCAAGCGCAAAUUCCUGAAAUAGUUAAAGAUGCGCACAUCGCGUUGAGGUAUCUGUGAACAGCAAAGAAGCAAUGCUUUAUUGCAAAAUUACAUUUCUUAUUUUCACCACAAACAGAAUUUUAACUUUUAUUGCACCUUGCAUGCAUUUAUACUGACUGCUAAAAUGUAUGUUUACAAAAUUCAAAGCACUAAAUGAUGGCGAUUUUAAAUGUAAAUGGAAUGAUUUUCGAUUUGAAAUACAGCUCUUAAUGAGUAUUUAUUUCCUUAUAAGAGUAUGAUCAGGUUUGUUUAUAUUGUCAUUGAAUGAAAUAUACCAUAAGAAAGUCUUUGCGUAUUCAGCUCCUAACUCACUCAUUGGGUCAGAGUGAUUUUUGUUGCAGCCAUUUAACAUCAUCAAGACUGGAAUGAAAAUGGAGAAUGCUGUGCAACAUAGUAAAAGUAUUAUUAACAAUAACAUUCCCAUUAAUUACUGAGUUUUUUAAAAUAAUAAAAUAAAAAGGAUAUAAAACAUAGAUUUAAUAAUAGUUGUAGAAUUUUCAUAAAUCAAAAGGUAUAAUAUAAUUAUUGGUACAUAAAGUGAAAUGAACAGGAACUAAUAAUUAUUUAUUGCUAAUGAAAAAUAUUGUGCCUGUGUUAUUCAUUAAACUAAAUUGAAUCAGGUAAAAUUUGAUAACUAAAUAAAGGUUAAAACUAAGCUGCUAAAUAGGAGUUUUACUACAUUUGUAGUUAAGUAAUUAACAUUUUAGCCUUUUAAGCCCCAAAAUUAUCCACAUACAAAUUCUCCAGACCUAUCUCAGUUAAGAGAAUUUGUUUUAAGAUCAAACCAUUUCCCUCGGAUGAUUAUUUUAUUAAAUUCUCACCGCCUUUUCUUUUGAUGAUGUAUUGAUAUCAUGCGGAGAAAAUUGAUGUUGAUCACUCCUGGGACUUAAAGGGUAACAUGUAAAAGGUGGAUAGUGCCCUGGGGGGCGGAAGGGGGGGACUCCCAUAUAAAAGUGACAGGUAUGCUUUUCUUCUUGCUUUGGGGUGUAAAUUGCAGAUUUUGGUCUCACUUAGGGUGUUUGGGAUGGAAAGUCACUUAAUUUGCCAUUCAGGUAGCGCUAAGUACUCUGCAUAAAGAAAUUUACAAAAAAUGCGCUGACACUGACCACAAAGAAAUCUCCCGUAAGGGUCAGUUUAAGCUUGAGCCACACCCACAUUGGUCUCCCUUAGGUGUUUAAUUUAAACUUUCCGAUAAGCAUCUCCAUCACUUUUAUAUGGGAGUUCCCCACUGAGAAUAGUGCUAGCCAAUAAAUAAUCCAAUCAGUUUUCCUAAUGCUUAUCCAGUGGGUAGGGCUAGCUAUCCAAGUACCACUUAGACCUGGAGAAUAAUGUGGACAUAAAAUAUAUCUUUUUGUGUGUCACCUUAAUUUUUGAUUUUUGCUCUACAGAGACGGUGUUGAGUGGUUAUUUGUCAAGUUGCAUGAGAAGCAUGUACCCCUUCUCAUUAUAUCUGGGGGUCUUGGAGGUAUGAUGAAAGUGCAGAAUAUUUUAGCAGGGCUGUCAUUUUUAAGAGGCAAGGACUGGGGAUUUCCCCCGACUAUUAAUUAGAACGUGGCCCCCGUGAUUCUCCGCCUACUUAUUGUUUUUACCCGGCUACUUAGAAUCUUAGUGACAGCCCUGACAAAUGUACUGUAUUUCCUCAAAUAAUAGCCAGGGGUGAUUAUUUCUUUUUUUGCACAAAAAGGGGGCAAUUAUUCAAGGGAAGGCGAUUAUUCGAGGGAGGCAAUUAUUUAAAAUAUUGCUCACUGGAAGUCGUGCCCUAAAUAUUUUGUUUUAUUUUUCCAUUAAAUCAAAAAAAUAAUCUCAUCAAAUAAACUGAACAUGGGCUUUUUAAGUGUUCCAAAUUUAGUUUCUUGAUUAAUUUUCAGAGCUUGAAUCUUGCCGGAUCACAUUGCACUUCAACUUAACAGGGAGGGGGGGAGCGUUGCGUGACAUCCAAAAAAACGGCUGGGUCAGGGAGACUAGCAUACUGGUGGCUGAGACUUUUUAUCAAGAGUUGGCCAGCAGACUUUUAGAGGAGCUUCUCUUCACUUUUUUUAUUUUAAACUCGAAAAGAAAACAAGAAGCAACAUGGCUUCAGGUAAUCAGGUUAGAAAUAUUACUGAAAAUUAAGCCCAAGGAAAAGUAAAAUUAGUUUAAGUUAAGUGGGGAGUUCGAGUUAGCAGCUAGGUUCUGCUGUUUUAUUCUCGAGCCUUUUUACAAGUUUGUGCAUGUUUUUGUUUCCAGACAUUAUCAAGGAGGUCAUUGAUCAACAGAGUACUAUCUAUGACAAUGUUACCAUUGUGGCCAACUUCUUCAAAUAUGAGCAGGUUAGUCUCUUCCUAACUCUUGCACUACUUCUACAAACAUUACUUUAAUCUCCAGUCCUUAACUUCCUGGGGCGUAGCCAGCUUUCUACUUGUUGUAGGCCAGGCUGACUGCUAGUCGGAACAUCAUUUCCAAAUAUCCUGAAACUAUCUUGUUUAUAUAAAUUCUGUUGAUUGCACUCAUGACUAAUACGCACUGACCUCACCAUCACUCUGAGCUUUUGAGUUCUUUUGCUCAACCUCAAAAUUUGUAGACCGGUAUCCAUAAGUCUAUGGGCUGGCCACACCCCUGACUUCAGGGUCAUGCAUUUCAGUGAAUUACCUGAAACAAAUCGCCAGCUAGAGGACAGCUUUUUUCAAACAUGUGACCCUAUAGGAAAUUGGUUUUACAGUGGAAUAACUAAGAGUCACUUUAGGGAAUUUGAAUAUGCUGCUUAAUAAAUGAUGAUUUUUUACCUUAUUUUAAAAUACCAGGGCGUGAUGGUUGGAUUCAAGGACAAGCUUUUGUUUAGUAACAACAAAAGAGAGAUGACAAAAGAUUUGGAAUUUUUCAACAGAAAUAAGGUAAGUUAUCAAUAA